UAGUGACGUUAAUUAGUAACAAAACAAAACAAACGUCUGUUUGACGUUAGGUGAAUACCGUUUUAGCGUCUAUAAUUUUAAAAGCAUCCGUGAUUCAUAAUACAACAUCCGACUACGUAAUGUUUUCAUUCCAAUCAAGAUCUAAACAAUGCUACGAAGAAAGGAUAUCCGUUCGAGAUGUUUUCGAUCAAAAAACUGGAGAUAUGUUGGAAAAUAUUUCUUCCGCUAAUAGCAUACCGCCCGAGUUUCUGCUUCCACCAUUCUUAGCUGCCUGUGGACAUUUCCUUGGAAAAUCUGUAGUUUGUCCUUGGGGAACCUGGAAGCAGCCGGCAAUAAUUUAUUCCACUACAGUAGGAUUUACCGGCACCAACAAAUCUGCUGCCAUAGAAAUCAUUAAGGGAGCCAUUCAAGAAGUGGAAUCUGCACAGGGGAUACCCUUUCAGAACUCCCGAAUUAACCAAUCUGCAACAGUGGAAUCACUUUUGAAACAACUCACACAAGAAAACAGGCAAAUUAUGAUGUGGGACGAGUUAAAAACUUGGCAAACAAGUCUUGGAUUGUAUAAAUCCGGCAGUGCGUCUGACUACGAAACAACCAUUUAUCUUACUGCAUACAAUGGUGGUUCCCUAAAACGGCAGACAUGCAACAGCAACACUGCAAUUCCUUGUCCUGUCUUAAAUUUGACCGGAAUGUCGCAGCCAGGAGAAAUCUGCAAACGACUGGACGAGGAGAGAAAAACUUCCGACAACAACGAUGGACUGUAUAGCAGAUUUCUUAUGUGCAUGCCGGAACCAGUUUUCUCAUUUGCAGACGAAGAACAGGAGAUUAGACAGGACAUACCCAGCUUGGCAAAGUUGUUCUAUGCAGUUGAGAAAAUGAAUGUCGGAACGUGUUUGUACAGCUACGGAACACCAGCUCUAGCUAUUGCCAAACAGUAUUACAAUGAUCAACAAACCUUCCUCAAAACAAACCAUCAAAAUGAUACAUUCUUGUCAGGACUGAUUGGCAAAGCCAAAGGCCAAGUCCACAGAUUGGCAAUGAUAAUUGAGGCAAUAUCCAAAGCGCAAGUUGUUCUCCAUGAAAUUGAUGAGGCAAACUCGGACAGGAUCAACGAGGACUUCAUAAGAAAAAUGGAUGAGUAUCUGCGACAGAAGACCCUGGACAAGAUUAUAUCUGAGUCCGCCACCAAACAGAGCAUUGUUUUAAAUGACUAUUUCCUGCACCAGAAGAAAAUUCUUGCUGGAUAUAGUAAAGAAAACGACAGCAAACCUGACUUGCUGAACACAGCCCUGGUGAAGAAAAUCCUUCUCUGGCCCGGUAAAGCUGUUAGAUGCCAAGACGUUGCACGAUGCUCUAGGUCUAGCGCCGAUACAAUUAAACAACACAUGAAGGAGCUAGCAGACAUGGGUUUGGGCGGUGUAAACAACGAACGGCCAGUUGGAGGUGGGAGAGUCACAGUUGUCUUCGACAAAACAAACGUCACAGAUUUUGAUUUGGAAAAAGCAAUGGAGUUCGGAGAGAAAUUGCUUAGAUUCAGUAUUAAAUUCGAAGAAUACCAAUCUCAAUUUGAGAACACUGAAAAUUAUUUGUGUCAAUCCAAAAAACAAAAAAUCAUGUAA